UGUACUGUGUUGCAACUCUCAUAUGCAUCCACUCGGAUUGUGUAAUAGCAAUGAUGAAGAAGACCUAUAUGAAUAUGGCUGGGUAGGAGUGGUGAAGCUAGAACAGCCAGAGUUGGAACCUAAGCCAUGCCUCACUGUAUUAGGAAAGGCAAAACGAGCAGUACAGCGAGGAGCCACAGCAGUCAUUUUUGAUGUUUCUGAAAACCCAGAUGCCAUUGAUCAGCUGAACCAAGGCUCAGAAGACCCUCUGAAGAGACCAGUGGUGUAUGUGAAAGGUGCUGAUGCUGUUAAGCUAAUGAACAUAGUUAACAAGCAGAAAGUGGCACGAGCAAGAAUUCAACAUCGUGCUCCACGGCAACCUACUGAGUACUUUGAUAUGGGAAUUUUCCUGGCCUUUUUUGUGGUUGUAUCUCUUGUUUGCCUCAUUCUUCUUGUCAAGAUCAAACUGAAACAGCGACGUAGUCAGAAUUCUAUGAACAGGCUUGCAGUGCAAGCACUGGAAAAAAUGGAAACAAGGAAGUUUAAGUCCAAAAGUAAGGGACACCGGGAAGGUAGCUGUGGAGCACUGGACACGCUCAGUAGCAGCUCGACCUCUGACUGUGCCAUCUGCUUGGAGAAGUACAUUGAUGGGGAGGAGCUUCGUGUCAUUCCCUGCACUCAUCGGUUUCACAAGAAAUGUGUGGAUCCAUGGCUACUGCAGCAUCAUACCUGCCCUCACUGCCGUCACAACAUUAUAGAACAGAAGAAGGGAAGUGCUGGUCCGGUCUGUCUGGAACCCACGAACCCAGCACGCAGCCGACAGCAGAGGGUGAUUCUGCCUGUGCAUUAUCCUGGCCGAGUACACAGAGCAAACCAAAUUACAGCAUAUCCCACCCGGACAAGCAUGGACCCUCGUGGAAACCCUAUCACGGUACUAACAGUUGACCGGCAUGGUGAACAGAGCCUUUACCCAGCCCAAUCCUCAGCAUAUAUCCGAAGUUAUCAGCCGAUUCAUUUGGACCAUGCAUUAAACACACAUCACUGUAGCCUGGAACAUAGGGCUUACUCUCCAGCUCAUACCUUCCGAAGAUCCAAAUUCCAAGGACGCAACUUUUCCAAGACAGCGUGCUUUACCCAGUAUGAGACCAUGUAUCAGCACUACUACUUUCAAGGCCUUAGUUACCCUGAGCAAGAUGGACAGCCUCCAGCUGGCAUUUCCUCGAAGGGUCCUUCCCGUGCCUUCCAGCCUGGUAGCGGCAUGCUUUUCCCUCCAGUGGUACAUGUAGUGCCCUCAUCCCGUUUGGAGAGUGGCAGUACCUCCAGCUUUAGCUGCUAUCAUGGUCAUCGUUCAGUGUGCAGUGGAUAUUUGGCUGACUGCCCUGGGAGUGACAGCAGCAGCAGCAGUUCUGGUCAGUGUCACUGCUCCUCUAGUGAUUCCAUGGUUGACUGCACUGAGGUCAGCAAUCAGGGGGUUUAUGGGAGCUGCUCCACCUUCCGUAGCUCUUUGAGCAGUGACUAUGACCCUUAUAUUUACCGUAGUAAGAGCCCUUGCCGAGUGGGUGAGGUUGGUGGUGCAAACAGGGGUGCAAUUGUUCUCUUCGAAGGCCCCCGUCAGGACGAGCUUCCAGCUCAUGGUCGCAGCCUGGUGAGUGCUGACUGCCGGCCUGUACCAGCUUCUUCCUCAGGGGACCAACUGUCUAAUUGCAGCAUGGAUAUGAACUAUAGCAGUAAUUCCUCACUAGAACACAGGGAUCCAAAUGGCACUACCUCAGAGGGAGGAUCUGAGGCCAGUCCUGGUGCUGCCUUGGAUGUUAAAAGGAACUGGAAGAAUCCAGAGUUAGCAGGGCCACUUAUAGAGCAAGCAUGUGCCUGUUGCUUUGAACUCCAGCACUCUACCCUGGAGCCUAGUAAUGGGGCAGCUGACUGUAGUGCACUCUUCCUUAGCUCUCCACUAUGGGGAACAUGUGGCCCAGGGAUGGAGCCACAGUCAGGGAGCACACAGGGCUUGUACAGUAUUAACUCAGACCACUUGCAUAGGACAGAUGGGGUAAAUUACGAGGGGUUGCCCUGCUGCUUCUAUGAAGAGAAGCAGGUAGCCUGUAGUAGCAACAGUGGCAGUGGAGGUGGUGGCUGCUAUACAGAAGACUAUGCAGUGAAUGUGCAGUAUACACUUCCUGAUGACACCUUGCCCAGCUGCUGUAAGGGUGUAUGUGAUCUGGGUCAGCGCAUUCCCAUCAUUCCUGAAGACAGAGACUAUGAGCUGAUGUUACCCACAGAGUGCCAAGGGACCUACACAGGAGGCUGCAGUUCCUGGGAUGGAACACCUGAGCUAGAUACUUAUCUGCACUGCCAAGGUUUAGGAGAGGUACAGGAUGAGAGGGAGGUGUGUUACGAGGCAUCGUCUUUCCUGCGUCAGAAUUUCUCUCAGGAGGAGGAAGCCAGAAUGCUCUUUCCCAGUCCCAGUUUAAACUCCCAGAAGCUGAUGGUGACCAUGACCACAGGUGCUGGAUCUCAUCCCUUGGAGAGAAGCCAGAUCAGUGACUAGAUCUGUUCAGACUGCCACAGGUGGAGAAGUGGAGCUUAUCAGAGACUCCAGAUUCUCUUGGACUUAAUCUUUUAAGCUUUGAUAAACACAAAAGUGGUAAUGUGGAGAAGUCCCUCCCCCACUUUCUGUUCCUCUGCAUCCACAUCAGCCUGAUUGUCUCCUUUCUCCCUCUUGCCUGAAGCCUUCAGGCCUGCAUUGGUGUGCAAAGCCCAUGUGGGGCAUGGUGUAGAGCAUCUCUGAGCUCUAGUGCCAUAUCUAUAUUAAUGACAAAGUGUUAUUUAUAUUUUCUUUUUAGAAGUGACUGUGUUAGCUCUUCCUGAGAGGUAACAUAGUGUAUUAAAUAAGCCAGGCUAUGUGUAGAUGCUGUUAUCUCCUACUUAAAGGAGUCCAGCCUUUGAUAAGCUCAGGACUACACCUGCCUUAGAAACCAGAUAGCACCUUGAAGUAAAAUAGUCCAGAGAGAUACAGCUGCUCACAUAUUGACUAUUCCUAGUAGCAAAUACUAGUAGCCAGCAAGUUAUAUGGUAGAUUUGGAGGGAGAUAAAGCAUUGGACUGUAUCCUUCCUUUCCCACCUCCACCAACCUCCUUUCAUGCUGCUCUGAUAAUUUGGCUAGGAAGGGCCUCCUGCCAUUAUGAUUAGUUUUAACAGAGUGGGGGUAGGGAAACGGGUUGCUCAGAAUGCUCUCAUUCCCACUUCCUGCUAAAGCAUGGACCUCUCUGUACCUUCUGACUGGUGAAGAUUGCUGGGGACCCCUCAAGUGUAUAUUAGAAGGAAAUGCUUGAAAGGGCAAUAGCUUUUGUAGGUAAUGAAUC